AUUAUGAUAUUUUUCUUUUUUUGUUGAUAAAAUUAGAAAUACAGUCAAGUUUUCAAAAUGGCUGACACCGGCAGUGAUGAUCGUGUUCAAAAAAUGGAAGUAGAUUACAGCUCUACUGUUGAUGAGAAGAUACCGAAAUGCGAAAAAUUGGCAAAGCAAGGGAAAUUAACGGAGGCCCUGGAUAUUUUGCUCAUCCUUGAAAAACAGACAAGAACUGGAGCAGACACCCAUUCCUUGAGUAAAGUACUAGAAACAGUGGUAAGAUUAUGUUUCGAGACAAAAAGUUGGGAUGCCCUCAAUGAGAAUAUUGUUCUACUGACAAAGAAAAGAGGACAGAUCAAACAGUCAGUCACAAAAAUGAUACAGGAGGCCUGUUCGUAUGUUGAGAAGACACCAAAUCUUGACACCAAACUCAAGUUAAUUGAUACACUCAGAACAGUGACUGCUGGAAAGAUCUAUGUUGAGAUUGAACGAGCUCGACUCACCAGAACUCUUGCUAAAAUAAGGGAGGAUGCUGGGAAAAUUGCAGAGGCAGCUGAUAUACUCCAGGAACUUCAGGUUGAAACAUUUGGUUCAAUGGAGAAGAAAGAGAAAGUGGAGUUUAUAUUAGAACAGAUGAGACUUUGUAUUGCUAAGAAAGAUUAUAUACGUACACAGAUCAUUAGCAAGAAAAUCAACACCAAAUUCUUUGAUGAUCCAGGGACCACAGUAAGAUAACAGGGUUGUUACAGU